GCUCAGUGCGCCAGUGUGUAACGCUGUAGGCUGGAGGGAGGCAGCUGUUGCCAUUAUUUUAACCAGCCAGCUCAGAUCCAUCUCCGAGUUCUCCCCUCCCCUGAACAGGAAGAAAAGAUGACUCCGUCCACACCAUCAUAAACAUACGACAACUGAAAGAGAUUCUUUAAAAAGUGAAAUCAAAUGGUACAGAAAAGUAGUAGUAUGUCCAGGACGCCUUCGACCCCAAACCAGGAGAUCCCAAUGGGCAUGAUCGACCACCAUCCGCACACGCAGGGAAAGUACGCCAAGAGGAAGAGCCGAUUUAAGCGCUCAGAUGGGAGCACCUCUUCUGACACCACCUCUAACAGCUUUGUCCGACAGGGCUCUGCAGACUCCUACACCAGCCGGCCAUCGGACUCAGACGUGUCCCUGGAGGAGGACCCCGAGGCUCUGAGGAAGGAGGCCGACAGACAGGCUCUUGCCACGCUUGAGAAAGCAAAGACCAAACCAGUGGCAUUUGCUGUGCGCACCAACGUUGGUUACAACCCAGGGCCUAACGAUGAUGUUCCUGUGCAGGGCAUGGCCAUUUCCUUCGAAGCCAAAGACUUCUUGCACAUUAAAGAGAAAUACAACAACGACUGGUGGAUCGGACGCCUCGUGAAGGAGGGCUGUGAGGUGGGCUUCAUUCCCAGCCCGGUCAAGCUGGAGAACACCCGCCUGCUGCAGGAGCAGCGGAUGAGACAAAAUCGGCUCAGCUCCAGUAAAUCUGGAGGAAGUUCUAGUCUGGAUGUUGCCGUAGGAACCCGCAGGCCUACUCCGCCAGGAACAGCUCCCAUGGACACAUCCACAGCAGCCUUUGACGUUGACCCCCUCGACCUUGAUGCCGAGGAGCCCCCUGAGUCCCAGGGUGACCCUCGAUCCCCCAAGGGCAUCUCAGGCAGCGUAACUUCCCCCCAGGCCAACGCCCACCGCCUGCCCUUCUUUAAGAAGAUGGAGCAUGUUCCUCCAUACGACGUGGUUCCCUCCAUGAGACCCAUCAUCCUCGUUGGACCCUCACUAAAAGGCUAUGAGGUGACAGAUAUGAUGCAGAAAGCGCUCUUUGACUUUCUGAAACACAAGUUUGAGGGCAGGAUAUCCAUUACACGUGUGACAGCAGACAUCUCUCUGGCCAAACGCUCAGUCCUCAACAACCCCAGUAAACACACCAUCAUCGAGCGCUCCAGUACCCGCUCCAGUCUGGACGUACUGGCUGAAGUGCAGAGUGAGAUUGAACGUAUCUUUGAGUUGGCCCGAACCCUCCAGCUUGUUGCUUUGGAUGCAGACACCAUCAACCAUCCCUCUCAGCUGGCCAAGACCUCCCUGGCUCCCAUUAUUGUUUAUAUCAAAAUAGCCUCACCCAAGGUUCUCCAGAGGCUCAUUAAAUCCAGAGGGAAAUCCCAAGCCAAACAUCUGAAUGUGCAGAUGGUGGCAGCUGACAAGCUAGCUCAAUGUCCACCUGAGCUGUUUGACAUCAUCCUGGAUGAGAACCAGCUGGAGGACGCAUGCGAACACCUUGCAGACUACCUGGAGGCCUACUGGAAGGCGACACACCCGCCGAGCAGCAACCCUCCCAACCCUCUCCUGAACCGCACCAUGGCCACGGCGGCCUUAGCUGCCUCCCCUGAGCCUGUCUCCAACCUGCAGGGUCCGUACCUGGUUCACGGUGAGCAGAAGCGCGAAGGGGGUCUCACAGAGUGCGGUGGGAGCAGCACCCUGCAUGACUACGAGACAGACUUGGGUGGGAAACCUCAGCAGCAGCAGCAGCACCAGCAGCAGGCUUACCUGCGCUCAUCCCGCGGCCAGCUACGAGGGGGCAGCGGGAGAGGCCUUUCCCGGCAAGACACCUUCGACUCGGAGACCCAGGGCAGCCGAGACUCAGCCUACACUGAGGCCGGUGACUCCUGCAUGGACAUCGAGACUGACCCUUACGAAGAGCCCGACCCGUACCGAGGUGGUGGAGGCAGCCGCCUUCACCUGGCGCAGCAUCACGGUCGACAGGCCUCCUGGGAAGAUGAAGGAGCCGAGCCGGAUCAGGAAAACCUCAACCACCCUUCGAUGCCGAGCCAGACACAGCCGCAUGGACGGGCCAAGCUGAGGGAGCGUUACUGCCAGGACCCUGUGGACACAGGGUCCAACAUGAGCCGUAACAAGAACCAGGACGACUGGGGGAAGGAUGUUUACAUCCGCUGAGUGUUUGCUAGGAAGAUGCAGACUGAGGACUGAGGGAGAGGGGAGGAUUCUGGUGGUAAAGGAACUGAAGUGUGGGUUUGGGGCCACACCUGUCAGGCUUACAAAAAUGUGUUUACAUCCCAGUAAAAUGUAAAGAUAUACGCCACCUGCCAGAUGCCAUUCUCAUCAACUUCUUCUUGCAAAUCCACUGAUUUAUGUUUAGAAGAAAAAGUACAGAUCUGUUUUGUUUUUCUUUUGUUUGAUUUCUUUUGUCAAUACUGCAUGAAUAUCAUGGGUUUCUAUGCUGACAGCACAAGUGAUCUGUCUGACCCGAUCUCUCCUUCAGUUGUAGAGUGUGAAGGCUGGUAGGACUCUGGUCUGUCAUGUCUGUCCUCUGCAGUCUUAAACAGGGUCUAAUGUCACUAGCCGCGUUUCCAUUACAAAUGUGCGCAAAUCUUUGUCUAUAUUCUGCUAAUAUCGGGAGAAAAAACACAAUUUUGUAAUUUCGGCAUUUCUGUUUAAUAAAAAAUGAAAUUGUGAAUAAGCUCAUUCAAGCGAUAAGUCAUAAAAAACCAUGACAGAGGAGAGGUAGGAGUCUUAUUUAGGCGUUGGAGCGACAAACCCCAACUACAUAAGCAGAAGAGAUUCAACACUUUUGAACGACACAUCAUUUUUUAUGAAGUGUGCCGAUGCACAUUGUGAAAAUAAAAAACAUCGUCCUCCUACCACUUCCUGUCGUCUUCUUCGACGUUUUCUCCAGUAGUAACAUCCGGCUGUUCGUCAUGUGACUCGUGUGACGCGAAAGACGUAAUUCGAUAGCGCCAAAGCUUUUCAUCGGGAAACGUUAGUUUUUUCUUAAUUGACGUGUUUAUUUUCGUAAUUUCAUUUUGCGCAAUUUUGUGGUUAAUGGAAACGCAGCUAAUGUUCCCAUAUGUAUAUUGUCAGGGUUUCUCUACAUUUUUCGGACUCGCAGCUUUUCACUUCCGGGAUUUCCUCCCGUACUGGGGAUCCAGAAGUCGUGAGUCUUUUGCCGCCUCUCUCUUAUCACUCAGACCUUAAAACGCUGAUAGAGGAGUUGCCAUAUUUUAAUCCAACUUAAAUCGUCGCUACACUCAUGACAGCUAGAUCACAACAAAGAUGUUUACUACUUCUUCUUCUUCUUCUUCUUCUUCCCUGAGCUGGUUCAGCUUUCAGCAUUAACCUGCGGCGCAACAACACUUAUAGUUGUGAGAAUGAAGUGUCCUGCCUUAGUCGCUCUCACCCCAAAACACCUUUAUUUCAAGAAACCUACAAUCACAAGUGCCGGAAUGUCUUGCCAAGCCAUGUCCACCAGCGGGUGGGAUGUCUUAACUCUUGUUACACUCGUUUUCAURCCGUGUCUUUGUCUGUCUGUCUGUCUGUCUGUGUGUGUGUUUCUCCUGGAUAAUCUGCAGCGUAGCCCAAUUAUCUCGUUUAGUUCGCACCAGCCUCACCGACUGCAUUUCAGGGCUAUUGCUCACAUCAAAAGUGUUUUUGUGUGUGAGGUUAAUCACUCCCAGCUUCCACUUAAAUUGCGAGCUUGUCUGACAUUAAACACCACUCCCUUCUUAC